AUGGGGUCUAAAGCUAUAGCAAUCUCAACCCUUUUGUUGAGGAUCUUCACUCUCCUAGCUUUAGCUGCUUGUGUGGUGCUUUUGGUUACCAAUUAUUUUCGUGACGCAGUGUUUGGUGAUGGCUCUAAGGUAACUUUCAAGAAUCUUACCACUUACAGGUUUGUACUUUCAGCAGCGGUAAUCGGUGCGGCCUAUACACUCUUACAAUUACCUUUUGCUUUAUACUAUGUUUUCAAGGAGAAGAGGUUGAUAAAGGGCGAUCUGUUGCUGGAGUUCGACUUCUAUGGUGACAAGACCAUCGCCUUCCUUGUAGCCUCUGGAGUUGGUGCCGGUUUCGCGGUCAGUGUUGAGAUCAAAAACAUUUUCAAAGAAUUGUUUAAUGCUUUUGCAGACGCUGGUUUUGAAGGUACAGAUGACGCCAAAGAUCUUUAUGAUAAGUUUUUAAACAGGGGAAUGAUAGCUACUGGUGCUCUUGCAUUUGGAUUUGUUUGCAUGGCUAUACUUUCAGUGAUUUCAUCUACCAACCGAGCUAAGACUACUAAAGGUUUCUUCGGCUAA